GGCAAGGCCGGGGACGAGCAAGCAGCAAGAUGACUAGUGAUGAGGUAAAAUCGGAGGGAUAUGAAGUAGUAGGGGAAGAGGAGGAGGCGGUAAUGGCAAAUUUGGGUUCGUACGGUGGGAAGGUGAGAUUGCUGGCUGAAGGGGAGGAAUCUGCUGCGGAAGAGAUCAUGCUUCUCUGGGCAAUCCAACAGCCUACUCUUUCCAAACCCAACGCGUUCGUCUCCCAAUCUUCUCUGAACCUGCGUCUCGACUCCUGCGGCCACUCUCUCUCCAUUCUUCAAUCCCCUUCUUCCUUGAGUGCACCUGGAGUGACUGGUUCGGUGAUGUGGGACAGUGGAGUUGUAUUGGGGAAGUUUCUAGAACAUUCUGUUGACUCAGGGAGGCUUGUUCUUCAAGGCAAGAAGAUUGUUGAAUUGGGAUCCGGUUGUGGUUUGGUUGGUUUCAUUGCAGCUCUUCUGGGUGGUCAAGUCAUUCUUACUGAUUUGCCUGAUAGGCUGAGGCUUCUUAGAAAGAACAUUGAAACUAACAUUAAACAUGUGGAUGUGCGGGGCACAGCAACAGCUACAGAACUCAUAUGGGGCGAAGAUCCUGACCUAGAGCUCACUGAACCCGCACCUGAUUAUGUGCUAGGAUCUGAUGUGGUAUAUAGUGAGAACGCUGUUGUAGAUUUGCUAGUGACUCUUGGACAGCUCUCUGGAACCAAAACAACAAUAUUCUUGGCUGGGGAACUACGAAACGAUGCCAUUCUUGAGUACUUCAUUGAAGCAGCAAUGAAAAAUUUUGAAAUUGGGCGUGUGGAUCAAACUCUAUGGCAUCCUGAUUAUCGCAGCAAUCGUGUUGCUCUCUAUGUUAUGGUCAAGAAAUGAAGAUAAUGGUUAUGUUUAGUAGUCUCGUUUUAGUUGACAACAUCCAUGUCCAAAUUGUACGUGCGUUUGGAGUGGAGCCCUAACCGAAAUUUCAAAAGUUCCAUUGGAAAAAAACAGCAAUUUUUUCACUGUAUUGGAGCAUGCUUAUUUUCCUUUUGUAUUAAAGUUUCGGGAAAAUGUUAGGAAAAUUUUGUAUUUAUGUGAUGAUAUUACUAUUGUUACUACUAUUAUGCUCAAGUAUUGUAUGCACAUACAAGAGAUUGGUAAUGUUCCAUCAAUUCAAUUUAUAAGUGAUUAGCGAAAUA